AUGAACGACUUCCAACAAGAAAAAAAAAAAUUAACUGAGGCUCUCAGUAAGCCCGUAAAAUUAUCGAGUGAUAUUGAGAAGGCUAAUAAAGAUGCUCCCGGCAUGGGAAAAACUACUUUUGUAAAUAACUUGGCUAAUGCCAUGGGUCGGGAUUUUGAACCAAUUUCACUGGCUGGUUUCAAAGAAUCCAAAGAAUAUUCUAUUUUAGGAGAUGAUAAAAAACCUAGCCUAAAAGCCGAAGAUAAACAAAUCCAACAGCAUUUAAUUCAACUUUUCAAAGACUACCAAAAAGGAAAAAAAUUCACUGAUAAAUACUAUCAGACUGAAAUAGAUUUAAGUCAUGUUACUUUUUUUGCUACCAUAAAUUAUAUUGAUGAUUUAGACAUAAACCUAAAAAACAGUAUUGAGAUAACCGAGUUAAAGGAUUUCACUGCUAAAGAAAAAAAAGCCAUCUUAAAAAUGAAAGCGGGAACAAUUAACGAAAAGUAUCCAGAAAAAAAAGGUGGUAUCAUUACCGAAGCAAUUAUUACCGAAAUACUGCAACGAAUUAAAGAAGUGGGAAUAAGACAGGCCGAAAGAGUUUUAUACAAAAUAGAACAGGAAUAUAUUUAUACCAAAAAUAAAGGAGAAAAAUUUACUGUCAUGGAAAACCCUUCCGAAUGA